AUGCUCACCCUACAACAAGUGGUCACAUGGCUCAAGGGCGUGGAACUGUACUCCAAAGGAGACUAUGCUCCAGCUCUCAAGCAGUUCAACCAGCUCAUCAACUCGCCAGAAUACUCUGGAGAAGUCAGCAAGGUGGCCCACAACAUUGCCGCCAUCUACUACAAGAUGGAGGACCACGAGCGCGCCACAAAGUGGUUCGUUACAGCUCUCCAGAAGGACCCGUAUCUGUGCAUCACUCAUUUCCUGUUUGGACAGUGUCUGUUUGAGCAGGAAAAGUACUCGGAAGCCGCCAAGGAGUGGGAUAAGUGUCUGGAAUACAUGCGAGGCAACACCUGGAUCAACUACCAGCCACUAGGCCUCAACUUCACCCUCUACAGCUGCGAGGUCAUGUUCAAUAAGUCCAUGGCCAAGAUCUACAGUGGCGAUAUUCUGCCUGGAGUGUCUGACCUGUCGCGAGCCGGCAAGGAACACAAGUGGUCCGCUGAUCACAACAGAAUCGACAAGGCUUACAUUUACUUCAACGCCAUCAAGGACUCCUUGCAUAGAGCCACUCACACGACCAAACAGUCCCAAAACGACGGUCUUCAACGGUCCAAGUCUUUGUCUCGAUCUAAGAGCCAGAACCUGUCGCGAUCCAAGUCGCUGGCACGAUCCAAGUCGAUGAAACACAAGCAGCAGCAGCUACAGGACAAUAUUCGAAACCGGUCGUCGAUGGGAUUUGGAGCGAACUACACCAACACCUUUGAUGUGUCUCAAGCCGAAAAGGAGGCUGCUAAGCAACUUGCCCAACAGUCUAGUGGCAAUGUUGGACCCGUGGGGUUGGGUAUCAGACAGUCUCCCAGUAUGCGAGGUUCUCCUGCUAAUCGACCUUCACCCAAUUUCAACAACAAUGGCGGUACUCCUAACUUGGGCCGUUCUCAAACGUUGGGAGGAGGAGGUCAUACCCAAUCCAGCCAGCUACACCGAAGCCAGACGACUGGCCAUGCGCACUCUGUUGCAGAACACCCCCAUUCGUCGGCAAAUGUGCAUCGAAGCCAGAGCACGAGAGCUCCCGUCACAGGCACCUCCACCACGGAGGUGGACCUUCCCUCCACUGUCAAAAUGGCUCGAAUGAAUGAGACGUACAAAAUCUACCAGAUUUCGUCCGAGUUCUGCCUCUUCUCCAUCCACGACAACCGUCUCAAGAACAUUGUUGGCUGCGAACAAAUGGCUUCUCUGCUCCGAGGUAAAGAUAAGGAGAUUUCUAGUGGCGGAGGCGUGGUUGGAGCCUCGUCUCCCCCUCCCGAAGACUCCACCGAGUUCUCCUUUGUCGAGUCUGUCGGCCGGUCCGACGACGUAGAUGACAUCUACGACAUUGACGACUACUACGGAACUCCCCCCGCGUCUACUGGCCAGAGAUCCGCCAACCAGUCUGUGAACCGUUCUGGAGGUUCUAUCAAGUCAAAUGCCGCCACGGUGGCCACUGGAUCGCCUCCCGCAAGGUCCAAGCCCACUCCUAUCGACGUGGAUCUUGCUCGAGAGAUGCGCAAGGUAUCAUUUGACUCGUCUCUGUCUACCCCCAAGCUCAACAAGCUGGUUGACAAGAUCCAAGGCACCACCCGAGACUCUGUGUCUUCUACAGAUUCCAUCCAUGCACCCAAGGCCACUAAACACCGCGUCCAGAUCAACUACAUUCGUCCAGUGACUGCCAAGGUGUGUUCAUUUGUGGCUGAAGAGUGCUCCUCUCCCGAUACCCCCAUCACUCCCAUCCCCGUAAAGAAGAAGGCUGUGAAGGACUACUCCACAAGAUCACCCUACCCUGAUUCGGUAGCCUCGUCUUCCUACGAAGACGAGACAACUUCAUGGAGCAAGUCUCUUCCUCUGCUUCCCAACGACCACGCGGCUCACAAGACCGACCAACGUCUCAGAGAGCUGCGGGAACGUGAUCGGCGAGAAAUAAGAGACGGGUUCAUCGACCGAGACACAGGAAUGACCCCUCCCCAGAGCCACCAGUUCGAUCCCACAAACACCGUGGCGCCCGGAAGAAGCAGAAACACAAAGUUUCUGACGGUUGACCUCGACGACCCCAACCACCAGGGGAACAAUGGCCGGUCCAAGAGCCCAGGUUCUCCCAUGUCUCCCUUUAUUCUUGUCACCUAG